AUGAGUAAAGAAGAAUCAGUUCUUAAAAUUAAAGCCACACCUUGUGCAUUGGUAGUGAAAAGUUUUAUAUUUGCAGGAGAGGCGGCAGAAGCAGAGAGACUUGCUCGGAAAGUUCGAGUUCUGUGUUGGGUGAUGACAGGUCCAGAUAACCAUGAACGUAAAGCUAAACAUGUGAAGGCUACAUGGGGACAACGUUGCAACAUCCUUCUGUUCAUGAGCUCAAAAGAGGAUCCCUAUUUGCCUGCGAUAGCGCUGGACGUAAAGGAGGGCAGGGAUCACCUAUGGGCAAAAACUAAAAAAGCAUUCACGUAUGUCCACGACAAAUACAUUGAUGAAGCUGAUUGGUUUAUGAAAGCAGAUGAUGACACUUACGUUGUCGUUGAAAAUUUAAGAUACAUGCUCAUGUCACACAAUCCCAGUGAACCAGUUUAUUUUGGUUGCCGAUUUAAGCCUUACGUGAAGCAAGGCUACAUGAGUGGUGGAGCAGGCUACGUUCUGAGCAAAGAGGCUGUCAAAAGAUUUGUACAGAAGGGCAUACCUGAUGGAGAGAAGUGUCGUUCGGACGAUGGUGGGGCUGAGGAUGUGGAGAUAGGAAAGUGCCUGGAAAGCAUUGGCGUGAAAGCCGGUGACACUAGAGACAGUUUAGGCAGGGGAAGGUUUUUUCCCUUUGUUCCUGAACAUCAUCUCAUUCCUGGUCAUGUGCCAAAAGAUUCCUGGUAUUGGCAGUACAUCUAUUAUGCAUCUACAGAGGGUAUGGAAUGCUGUAGUGAUACUGCUGUAUCUUUCCACUAUGUUAGUCCUAAUAUGAUGUAUGUCCUAGAGUAUCUCAUCUACCAUCUUCGUCCUUAUGGCAUCAGUAGUCACAUAGUAAAGAUACCAGAUGCUUCCCAGCAGCCUCCUUUUCCCUCAAUAACUACUAACUCAACUGCUAGUCCAACAAUAAUUAAAGAGAAUCAGACUGAGAAAAAUUCUACCAAGAAUUCUCCUUAAUGCUUGUUUUAGGGUUUUUAAAUUAUGAACAUUUUUAAAAAAAAAAUAUCUUUUGAUUGAACAUUAUUGUGCACAUGCUGCAGAAGUAUUAAUAUGUAUACACACUUCAUAAAAAAAAAAAUUAUGACUCAAGAUUCGCUGCCGGUGAUACUGUGAACAGUAUUUUUUUUAAAAAUUGCAUUAGUUUCUUCAUUUUAUCUUUUGUAGAAUUUUUAUAUAAUUUAUGAAAAUUAAUAUGUGAUUUUUUUUUUUUACAAUGAAAGAGAUUU